GAAUCAAUAUAAAAGUUCCAAUUCCCUGUCCAAUCCAAUCCGUUUUAUGUUGCACUUGCAUCUGCUUUCUUAAUUAAAACAAAAUUGAAUUAAGCGUCAACAUUAAAAUGUCCAAUAACAACACGGACACUGGUGACACAACCAUAUUGGCCACCACAAGCGCCACUGUGCAGGAUUACUCAACGAAUCCUAGCGAUGGCGACGGCGAUACGUCGUUGGAGCCGCGCGAGUCGCUGAUAACCACAGCUGUAAGCUUUCUACAAAAUACCAAAGUGCGACACACGACGCUCAUCCAAAAGCAGCAGUUUCUGCGGUCCAAAGGUCUAACAGCUCACGAAAUACAAUUGGCCUGCGAGCGCGCCGGCGUCUUUAGCCAAGAUCCCAAUAAUCCCAAUACCGUUAUCAACAUUGGCUCUCAGUUGGCGGUGGUGCCACAACAAACGGCCUUGGGGCGACUGCGUGAACUGCUGCACACAACAGCAUUGUUCAGCGGUCUCGUCUAUGGCAUCUACUUGUUCUGGCGGAAAUAUAUAGCACCAUUUUUGUUUGGCAAACCGAAGAAAAAGCCGGUCGAGAAAGCGCUCGAGGACAUCGACAGGAAGGUGGAAACCACCAGCACAACACUCAAUAAGGAAAUCACAAUGGUCAAGGACAUGAUUACGUUGCAGCAAAAGGAACAGACGCAGCACAUGAAUCGUGAAUUCAGCAACUUUCGCAGUGAUCUGGAUGCGAUUAAAGGCUUGCUAUUGAAUCGCAAGCAAUUCGCAUCGCCGGUGGCAUCAAUGACACUGCCCACAAUUCCUGCCUGGCAAUUGGCCAGCUCCCCGCAUCGCCAUCGCCAUAGUAACAACAGCCAGUCGGACAAUGACAAUGAUAAAGUUGAUGACGCCGGCUCCGGAUCGGGUUCAUCUGAAACCGAAGUGGUUACCAAGAACAGUGAUUCUAGCUUGGAGAUCAUGUAAAAAAUAAGAGAAGAAAGCAAUCUAAAUGGAAGCUAUUUUGUAAAUUGAAUUGAUUUAAUUUAGACGGUUUUUGCGUUUUGCGAUUCAGCAUUUCUUAUGUGUUUAAUAAUAUAGUCCACGGCUAAUCCAUAUCCAUAAACGCUACCAAAAAAAAGAUAACACGAAAUACACUCACACGUAUAUACGAAUAUAUAAAUACCUAUAUAAAUAUACAUACAUAUAAUGAUAAUAAUAAAAGCAGGUUUUGAAUAAUUGAAUUGAAAGAAA